AUAUAUUACACUGCGUGGGCGGCUGGGCAGCAACCCCACGCUUCCUGUCAAGGAUUCCUGGGGCCAGAGCCUGAAAAGUGGUCUAGCCUCUCUGCUUCACGCCAAUUCUGUCCUUCCAACCCCUCUCGGCGGGUGUCUGAAGGCCAAGGUGAGACCCUCCCGGGAGAUGAAAGGCCUAUUGCCUCCUCAGAGACCCGAGCGGAGUUGGGGCGGGGGUGCGGCGUGAUCCGGUGGCAGCGGCAGCGGCAGCCGCAACGACGCACAGGGCCCUAAGUUGGAGCUGGCGCAGGCCCUUCAGGGUUCUAUCCCCGCCUGAGGCUGGCUUCGGCCUUCAGAAGCCCAACGAGGAAUAAGUUCUCUGUGGGCGCUACGGACGGUGGGGGAAGAAGUGUGGGUGGAGAGGCCACAAACAGCCCCCUCCUCAGUCGCGCCCCAAGGCCUGUGCCGCGGAAUGUUGACGCGCCAACAGCCGAGAGGGCGCGCUCACGCGCGAGAUGGGGGCGGGAAGAGCGCGCUCAGCGGCCGCCGCGGCGGCAGCGAAAACGGAGGGACGCGAGAGCGGAGAGCGCGAGCCGCGGAGUGGGGAGGAGGGGUGGGGAACGCGGUGCGCGCGCUGACGUCGCCCGGAGUCACGCACGGAGCGCCGGGUUACGCGCCGACGUCUGGCUGCCACGACUUGCCGUCUGCGGCGGCGGCGGCGGCGGCGGCGGCGGCGGCGAGCGGAUCCCGCAGGGAAGGAGGAGGAGGAGGGAGAGCCAAGGGGGCUGUGAGUGAGCGGGAGAAGCAGGGUGUGAGCCGGACUUGCCCGCGGGAGGGAGAGCGAGCGAGAGCCGAGCCUGCCAACAGAGCCGCCUCCUCCUCCUCCCCUCGGCGUCCCGCCCCCGCCUGCCAGCCCGCCCUCUUCCCUCCUCAGCCCGCAGAGCCCAAGUGAGGCGCAGCUCGGCUAGCGCCGCUGUCCAGGACAGGUGUGCGCGCGCGCGCCCUCCUCCCCUCCCCCCUUCCUCGCGCCUGCCUUGCGCGCGUCCUCCCUCCCGCCAGCCUGCGCCCUCCCUCACCUGCGGCAGGACAGCGCCCGCCCGCCCGCCCGGAUCUCGCGAGAGUGGCUGACUGGCUGUGGGGGUUGCGGCGGCAGCAGGCGGAGCCGGGGAGGGAAAGCAGCGGCGGCUGAGGCGACUGAGGCGGCGGGCGGAGCGGCAGGCGGCGGCGGCGGCACGGCAGCGGAGCGCAGCAUCAUGGCGGACCGAGACAGCGGCAGCGAGCAGGGUGGUGCGGCGCUGGGCUCGGGCGGCUCCCUGGGGCACCCCGGCUCGGGCUCAGGCUCCGGCGGGGGCGGUGGUGGCGGCGGGGGCGGCGGCGGCAGUGGCGGCGGCGGCGGCGGGGCCCCAGGGGGGCUGCAGCACGAGACGCAGGAGCUGGCCUCCAAGCGGGUGGACAUCCAGAACAAGCGCUUCUACCUGGACGUGAAGCAGAACGCCAAGGGCCGCUUCCUGAAGAUUGCCGAGGUGGGCGCGGGCGGUAACAAGAGCCGCCUCACUCUCUCCAUGUCAGUGGCCGUGGAGUUCCGCGACUACCUGGGCGACUUCAUCGAGCACUACGCGCAGCUGGGCCCCAGCCAGCCGCCGGACCUGGCCCAGGCGCAGGACGAGCCGCGCCGGGCGCUCAAGAGCGAGUUCCUGGUGCGCGAGAACCGCAAGUACUACAUGGAUCUCAAGGAGAACCAGCGCGGCCGCUUCCUGCGCAUCCGCCAGACGGUCAACCGGGGGCCUGGCCUGGGCUCCACGCAGGGCCAGACCAUUGCGCUGCCCGCGCAGGGGCUCAUCGAGUUCCGUGACGCUCUGGCCAAGCUCAUCGACGACUACGGAGUGGAGGAGGAGCCGGCCGAGCUGCCCGAGGGCACCUCCUUGACUGUGGACAACAAGCGCUUCUUCUUCGAUGUGGGCUCCAACAAGUACGGCGUGUUUAUGCGAGUGAGCGAGGUGAAGCCCACCUACCGCAACUCCAUCACCGUGCCCUACAAGGUGUGGGCCAAGUUCGGACACACCUUCUGCAAGUACUCGGAGGAGAUGAAGAAGAUUCAAGAGAAGCAGAGGGAGAAGCGGGCUGCCUGUGAGCAGCUCCACCAACAGCAACAGCAGCAGCAGGAGGAGACCGCCGCUGCCACCCUGCUACUGCAGGGUGAGGAAGAAGGGGAAGAAGAUUGAUCAAACUGAAUGAAAACCCCACACACACAUGCAUACACACGCACACACACACACACACACACAGCCACACACAGAGAAAAUAUACUGUAAAGAAAGAGAGAAAAUAAAAAGUUAAAAAGUAAAAAAAAAAAAAAAAAAAAAAAAAAAAACCUGUUAACUCCAAGGGAGCACCACCCACAGAACCUCCACCAACUGACAGUUUCUCUUCUUGACUUGCCACUCAUCGCUGGAUGUUGUCCACUUUAUCCACCAUAUAAAACAGUAAGCAGCUGCUAAAAACAAAAAAAUACAAAAAGUAAUAACAUUAUAUGAACUGUGUUUCCUACUUGAUUAAAAAAUAUAAAGAACUGAGUGUUUAUUUCCCUAAUUAACCAAGAACUUUUGUACACGUUUAAGCUAUUAUUAUUAAAAAGUGUUUGCAAAAUGGUCAAGAUUAUAAUAUUGCUGAAUUAUAUAAAAGUCCUUUUCAUGUUGAGCUAACAUUUGACUUUAGCACAAAAAAAGAGAUAUUUUAGAACACGUAAAAUAAUAUUUUUAGUUUUUCUCAUUUUGUUACCAAAUUUCAAACCUUACAUGGAGGUUAUUAUAGUAUAUUUGACACCCUAUAUACCUGUGAUUAGAGAUGUGUAUAUAUAUGAGGGCUAGGCAUGCUGUGUGUCUGAGCUUUGUCUAAAUGUUAUGCAGAAGUUUGUAGAGUUAAAGGUACGUAGGUUUAAUUCAUGCAAGGUAAACAAUAAGUGCUCUCUUUUAUACAAUAUGCAUUGCAUCUGGACCUUAAACAUAAAAAUGGUCAGUGAAACUUCUGUGAACAUGAAGAAAUUAUUAAAAAAAAAAAAAAGGCAUUUAAAUGAAAUUUGCUAAGUUGUGAUUUUUAUGGUUGGAACCAAAGUUGUUCAAAUAGUAAAAGGAAAAAGAAAGAAAAAGGAAAUCUCCCAUAAUAUUUUUCUGCAUCUGUUUGCUUUGACUGAGUAGGCGUUUUGUCAUUAUUGUGUAUAUGAGAUGUACUUGUAUCGUUCAUAAUAUAUUUUUUUUAUUAUGUGUAGAAAGAUUUUAAAAACUUAACUAACGUGCAGCAAUUUCCAGUGAACCUGUACUUGGACAUCAGGUAGUGAGUCUAUUUGUGGUCACUAGCACUGUCUCCUAAACUUGUAAGAGGUCUGAAGCUAUCCUUUGAUUUUCGCUAGUGCUAUUAACUUAUGUAGACCUGUUAAAAAGCAGAGCAACACAAUUAUAGUUAUCCUACUGAGCCAUGGAUUCUGAGUUUUGUUUUAAAGUGAAAGCCAAGUUGGUGUAUGUAAAGGAUUUCCAUGUAGCUGUGGUGCUAGUUAUUACUGGCUACAUUAUAUGCUAAGUGUAUUUGUGUUCCCCAAGUGUACAAGCCUUCUAUCAAAAGUAUGUUCUAUAACUCAUAUAUUCAAGGUGUAGGGUAUAAAAAUGCAAAGUUUAGGAGAGCACUUUACCAAGCUGGUGUCCUCCAAACUGAAAUUGUUUGUAACGAUAGUCUUUUACAGGUUUUCAUUUAAAGAUGUUUGUGUGCUUUUAAUUGACGACUAACUUCUUGCUGCUGUAUAGUAAAAUAUUAAUAUAUUUUUAUCAUUAAACUGCUGCAUGACUAUCAUCUUUGAGUGAAGAGAAAAUGUUAUAAAAAAAAAAAAGAUGCCUUAAACAGUACAUUUUGGUUUGGAAUUCUGUAGAAAGUAUUUUGGUAUUAAAAAAAAAAAAAGGGUCUUGUCUGACAGAGAGAGUUCUGGGGAUGGAAUUGUUUCUUGGCAAAUCCAGCCAUAUAGAUCUAACUGCUGUAUGUAUAAGACACCACCUGUAGGAGCGGGAAGGUAUCAGUGCUUCUCAUAUUGUAAAGCAUUGGCCUAGGAAGGCAAACAGUUGUCUUUUUGAAGGAUUUUUUUUUCUGCUGGUUCUUUGGGUUUUGAUUUGAUAUUUUUAUGCUCCCUGGUUUAGUGUGUUGUCUUCGUUUUUGAGAUCUACUGUAUAUGUUGAAUAACAAGCUAUUUUCAUUGUACUGUGCAUUUUCUCAUUAAAUUGUUUGCUUUUAAUAUUCAUAAAAUGUUAAAUAUGAGGUGACCGUACAGUAGUUAGGAGUUUCUUUACUUACAAAAUCACUGGAAAUGAUUAAAUUGCUUUUCCCCCUCCCCAGAGGUGCAUUUUUCUUAUUUCCAUAUAGUAAAGUUGAGCUUUUACAGUGCAUAAUGUGACAUUUGGAAUGCUUAUCAACUGCAUGUAAACAUUAAUAACCUGCACUUUUUUGUCUUAAGGUUUGUUGAGCUGUUUUGUUCACUGUACUUUAACUGUGAUAUGGAAAAGACUGCAUUCUCUGUGCUGUUACUAAUUAGGAAAGAGAAUUGCUUUGAUUUUGUCUCUUGUUUACUAUAGCUUCUUAAAGUUAAGCCUUGUACUACAGGUUGUUGGAGUACUCCUAGAUUACUGUUUCAUAGUAGCCAGCAAUAAGUAGUGCAAGUCAACAAAAACAGCAAACUUAGGCAAAGUGUCCUUCCUUUGAGAUGCGAGUUCUUUCAUGAGGUUUUCUUUAGGGCCAGAGUUACCUAAAGUGAAGCCUUUCUUACCUAUAGACUACAGAUUCUGCUUGGAAUCCCACCGGCUCAAGAAGCACAUGUAUUGUGCAGUUGUCUUUACACUAAAACAGUUGAAUACAAUCUUACUAAGAUUUUGAAACCAGUGUCUGAUUUAUGGUCAGUGGGUUUAAAAAGAAAUCCACAUGCAGAUCUUUUAAGACUUAAAAAGUGAUCGUAGAAAAGACUAAGUGACUGUAAAGAUGCUCUUUUUUUUAAGCAUCUCACUUUACCUCCCCAAGCACCCUCCCAAACCUUGUCUUCCCUCUCCUGUUUCAUUCUUUCCCUACCCUUCCCUCCCAGGUGCUCGGUACUUUACCAAGGUUCUAUAUCUCAGUGUUUUAUGUUGGAGUUUUUCCUUGUUUUUAUUUUAGUAGUUGGCAAACCCUGUUUGUGCUGACACAAAUAAGGAAAUGGUAUAUUUGACCAUAUGUGUUAUUCAUAGAAGACAGUAUGAUCAAAUGUGCCAAAAACAAGUAAACAAAACUUAAUUCCUGAGAAGUAUGCCUUAUUUUUAUUGAUCUGCUUUGUCUUACAAUUAAGGUCCAAGAGCUUGGUUAAACUGUAUUACUUGCCUAAGUAUAAAAGAAAACUUGAACUGCAUUGCAAUAUUGACAUUCUUUAAAAUGAGAGACACUGUCAAGUAAUUUAAUCCAGAGAUCAGCCACCAGAUUUGAAAUGCUCAUGUAUGUGUGUGUGUUUGGAGUUGUUUGGUUUUUUUCUUUUAAAUCACCAAAUUUUUUUAAGCUACUUUUAUUUGUGCCUCCUAUUUAUCAUGCUGGUGUUAGAAGCAACAGUCAUCCAACCACAGAGGGAGCUAAAGUUAACUAACCAGAACUGUAGAAAUCAUUAUACAUGCCUUUGACAACAAAGGAAGUUCAUAAGAAAAGCCAUGUUGGCUUUUCCUCUACUAGAUACAGAUUGGAGAUAGAUGAAUAUUUGCCAAAUGGAAAAAAAGACGAUGCUAGUCAGGAAAGACAAACUGUUUUCCAGCUUCUCAAAAAGCCAUGGAGAGUAGAAACCAAAACCAACAGGGAAAUAAAAAACCUUGAAAGUCUCACUUUCUAGUUGUCCCAUGCAGGGGUUGAAAUUUGGCUCAAAGCGGAAAGUAUGUUUUUUUAGGCCUUCACAUCUAGAGAUGGUUAACUUCCAAUUUGAUUUUUCAGGUAAUAGAGAAAGCUGCUAGUAAUUGUAACCCCUGCCUAAAGAAAGACAGAUAAUUUCAUUUGGGAGCAAAUACUUAUUGCCUUGAAAAGUAGCACUGUAAUAGCCUAUGAUAAUUAGUUGUAGAAUAACCUUUAUCCCUUUCAAACUAUGCAAAUUAUUAAAUAAGUGUAAAUUAGGAUUCAGUUAAAGAUAGUUGAUUAUAUUGCAAUCAGAUGGCAUUCACAAACUUAACUGGAGCAUAUACAAAUAAAAUCUAUUAGUCUAAGUUUUGUAUGCUAACAGAAAGAUAUAAUUUAGCUACCUAUUCUAAAAAUGGUGAAUAUUAUUAAUAUUGUAUAAUAGGACUGGGAAGACUGCCUCCUUUUUUGAAGAGAGAGAUUAAGGAUUUUUAUAAUUGUUUUUCAUCAAAUUUUAAUAUUUUUGUCAAAUUUUUAGGUAUUUAAUUUGUAAAACAGUUUGCUUUGUACUGGCAUACAGAAAAUAGGGUAUUGAUUUUAAACUUUUUGAAGCCAAGUGAUCAAGUACAUUUGUAAUAAAAGUCAAUGGAUCUAUAUCAGUUGUACUCACUGUUUUCAUUUCUUAUUAAUAUAGGGAUGCUGUACUUUUUCUUCAGGAAAACUGAAUUAAAUUUGGGUGGAAGGGAGGGGAAAAGGUAAAUCCAUUGAUAAUGAGAAUCUGGGUGGGUAUCAUGGCCCAAGCACUUUAUAUCAUUUUUUAAGUCAGUUAAGAUUUGAUAUAUUUAAAAAGAUACUAUGUCGACUUUUUUCUUCCUGUUUUCUUAUGUAACUUGAUGUUUGAGGGGGGAUUCUCUCAUUCAUUUUUUUUUGUGUGCUUUUAACACUUUGUGUUUUGGCCCUGUUGAAACGUUCUAAACAUGUUUUUCUUUUAUGACAUUUUGGGUCAUCUGCUAGCCCUGGUGACCCCACUGUGUGGGCAUGAUUAUUUUUAUCUUCCACACAUCGUUUACCUUCUCAUCUACAAUAUUCCCACUCAUUUUUUUUCAGGUGAUAUACACACAGAGAUUUCCAGAUGAUUUUAGAAUGGGGUUUUCUGAAACUGAUGCUUGAGUAGCUUUCAUAGCUCCACAAUUCAGUUUAUUUUACAUGUGAACAUAAUUUUAAGAUUUUCUUCACCAUAAAAAGUGAGAUACCAAGUCUAAUGACUUUUUUGCCUUUUUAAAAUCUUUUGAGUAUCAGAAUGAGAUCUUGCUGUCUACAUAAAAGGAUGCUAAAACAAGGGCAUCUAUAGCACCUUAGGUUUGGAAUAGUUGGUGAUGAUGCUAACGUUUAUAGUUUAUUAUCCCUGAAUUUGAAUAUCUUCAUAAUUGGGGGAGAUAUCCCCGCAUGCGCACAGACACACACACACACACACGAAUAUAUGUAUGUAUAUAUGUAUAUAUAUAUAUAUAUGUAUAUAUAUAUAUACACACAUAUAUGUAUACACACACACACCCCCCUCCAUGAGAGUGGAAUAAGUAGGAGAGAGAAUUUAUUGGAAUUGCUUACAUAAAUUCACAAAAGUUAUUUGUGCAGAUUUGUUUAAGUGUAUCAAUUUUUAAAUCAUAAUAUUUCUGUUUACUUCAUUGCAUAUUAACCAAAUUUUGGCCAUUUGUAAGUACAAUAUAAAACUAAAGUGAUCACUGCUAUUCAUGAAUUAAUUAUUGUAGAGUUUUCUUUGCAGAAUUUGUGAUUUUUUUUAAAGAAAAGCUGAUUUUCCUAUUAAUAUUUGAGAAGGUAUUUGAUCCUAAAACAAAACCUAAAUUUAAGGCAUAGGCCAUUUGACAGGUUCUUUUUGAACAGAAAUUUCAUUAUUGUAGUCUAAGUGAAAAUAAGCCAGAAUUAGCACGAGUCAAGUAGAAUUUCAUGAUACAAGAACAACCAGAUGAAAAAUGAAAUAAUGAUUGGUUCCGAGCCAAUGAAUCUGCUAAACUAACUACCAAGUUUUGAUGUUGAAUGGGCCAGGCAAUUUAUGUCUUUAGGAAAGCUGAGUGUGGCAGAGGUCACUUGUUAACAUUUUUAACAAGAAUGUCAUAACUACUCAUUCAUUUUUAUUUUGUCCCCAUGUUUAUUGUUUUGGUUUGUCUUUUUCCUUCCUGAUGUCCUUUGCUUUUGUGGAAAAUUGUCCUGUUGAUAGGCAGAAACAUGGUGGUGAUCCUCUAUGUAAAAUAAAGUUGCUUCUUACACAUCAGAAAUAUUUCACUCAUUUUGGAAUCACAAGAUUGUCAUGUUUUCAUAAAUACAUUGUUUUGAUUUGAUUAUUGUUAGCAAUUAGCUUAUUUUGUAGCAUUUCAUGGAAAAAAAUUUAAGCUAAAGAGUUUAAUUUUCUUGAUUUCAGUUCUACUUUAAUAAUUCAAGAGGCCUCCAAGUUCAAGGACCAAGUCCUUAUAUUCUAGUGUUGUGAAAAACAUGGAAAUACUCUUGUUAGUGUGUGUUUUGGUCUAAGGUAGAUUAACACAGAAGGAUCCUAGGAGGAUUUAAGAAAAUAUGUCCUUAUUGUGAAGUGGCAGUUAAAGUUAUGGGACAGGUGACUUACCUCUUCAUCUUGACUAGCUCAGUGACGGCCAUCAGCUAAUGACUUACCAGGCACAUGUUGAGUUUGAAUCAAACUUGCAUUUAGCCGGAGUGGAUUGGCAGUUUUCAAUGCAGGUAGUUGUUGGUGGCACUUGACCUACCUCCUUACCAUGUAGAUCUGGCAUCUCUCUCCUAUCCUUCUUUUUGUUUCUCUCUUCUUUUUUAUUCUUGUUGUAGGCCUACCAGUGGCACUCAAGCUUACUUCUUCUGAGAGAAGUAAAUAAAUUUCUGACUCCUGCCUUAGAACAUAGCUAACUGAUGAUCCAGAACGAUUUCAGUAUUAUGAGGUAACUGGGCAGUUUUUUUUUUUUUUCCAAUUGCUAUUUUCCCCAUAGUCUUAAGCUGACAGUAUGAAGGGUAUCUAAAUUAAUGUUUGUGAAGAAACUUGUGAACUGAAGAUAGUAAGAGGUAUGUGUAUUUUAGGCAAGUUACUGGGAUCUGAGACUUACUGGUUUGGAAAUUUGAGAGUAGGAUGAGGAGAGCUGUUUAACAUGUUUGUGGUUGGGCGUUCGGAAGGUAUAUAGGGAAUGGUUUGGAAGUAAAAUGGGAGGAAUUUUUACUAGAGGUAGGAAAAGGUACUAUGAUGGAGUCUGAAUGAGAGUUAUUUACUAAGGAAAUGAAGUUGACCUUCACUAAGGAAGUUUCAAUAAAACCGGAGAAAAUGGGUGCCUCACUGAUUAUGAGAAAACUGUUAGUUACUACAGCUAGAGUUAUGAUGGUGAUGAAGCAUUAUACAAGUCUGUUUUCAUGUAUAGGAUGUUUGCUUUUCUGGGACAAAUUAAGUAGCACAAUUGUGGAAUGACAGCUUUUCUGGUCAAGGCAAGUGGGUGCUGGGAGUUAUUUUGAGGAAAAGAGAAGGAAAUUUUACGCUUUUCACAGUUAUUUUUAAACUAUCGGAAAUAUUUAUCACACAUACUAUCUAUUUUCUUGGGCUCUUGUUACAAUGUAGUUUACUUUUCAAAAUGGUCCUUAGAUUAUUUGAUUUUGCAGUCCACAAAGACACUUAUUAUUCCUUGCUUUCAUAGAACUUUGAGACUUUGGCCCACACAGAUUUCUUAGACGAAGGACAAUAAACCAGAUAAAAACACUAACUUGCAAUUUUAGGUAUCUUUUUUAUUUCUUUUAUAUUUGCAACCAUAGCAAUCAUUUAACCUUGUGGACCUUAUGAGGCACUUAAUAAUACUAUAUUUCUAAAAUUAGACAACAUACCCCCUAAACUCAUGUUCCUGUUUCCCCACUUGGUCUCUUACUUCAAAAUUGUAGUAUUCCCAAGAGUUCAGUGGUGGCAAAUAUUAAUAAAAUAAGUUAUUAAUAGUACAUCUUGGAGGUUCAUAUGUCCUUUGUAGGGUAAGCUGAUAGUGUUUAGAUUUCUGUUCCCAUUAUUCCAUUAGUAUUUUAAAUUAAGACAAAGAAUUACUGUAAUAUUUGUUUUUAAAGUUACAUAAUUCAAGUAUGUUUGGAUUAACUCUUUGUUGUCAAAUUUAGUGUGGAUUUAUUCCUGGUGAUUUUGACAGAUUACUUUCAAGUUUCAUUUUACUCACAUCUCUAUAUGUUAGUGAUAAAAAUCUCUUUUAAAAAUAGCAAAAAAGAGGAUCUGAUUUUCUACUUUGAAGGUAAUUUUUCUUUUUUAUGAAUGUCAAGUUCAUUAAUAGCAGGAUUGUUUUUACUAUAGCUUGUUUUAUAGAGUUGGCACUUUAGUAUAAUUUUCACAUUUUGUGUCAGAUUUUAAAUUAUAAAGUUACAUACUAUAACUAAUUUAAGUCAGUGCAGAGCCUUCUUAAAUAACCCCUCCCUUAGAAAUUUGCUUAAAAAGAAGUGAAUUCCCAAACCUGUGUCAAGAACUAGUGAUUUAAAUGACUGUGAGACAAGUCUUUGAAAGGCUUCUUUAAGCCUAGUCAGUGGAGAUAAACGAUAGCCCAUGUCCAUGCUGCAUAUAGUUGUUAGGGUUUAUAAAGUUUGUCAAUGUGUAAAAGUGCAAAAGCAGGAAAGACUAUGUAAAGUUGCCUGUAAAAUUUCUAGUUUUCAUUAUUUGCACUAUUUAUCUUUGCACUUGAUUUUUUGAAAGUUGACUAGUCACUUUCACUUUUGUUUCUAGUCUUUUCUAAUUUCAUGCAGAAUUAUGUUUUCAAUAUCCCACCCAAAGCAAAACUUAUAUGCAAUUAAAUAUACUUUAUAAGACCAAGAAAAUAUUUCUUAGUGUUAGCUGUGUAAAACAAAAAUUUGUUUUGAUAAAAUUUUUAAUAUGGACCUUUAUUUGCUGAUAAAAUCCUUUGUAAAUGUGAGCUUUAUUAAACUGUUUAAAUAGACAGCUUAGGAUAGGAAAUAUAUAUGUGUGUGUAUAUGAAAUGAUGUCUUUGAGUUUCAACUUCCAGCCUGAGAUGGCCUUGUUUUGGUGUGUUGGUUUGUUUCACUAAAGUCAGUGAGAUAUGAGUCUAGCUGGGUACAUGCUUACAAAGCUGGAAGUGAGGUGGGUGGCAAGUGGCAGCUCCCUCUUUUGUGUAGUUUUCCAUAAUGUUCAUAUAGUUUCCUCAUGGUCUAAGUGAUAUAACUGGUUUUAAAGUAAUUAUAUUGAAUAUUCCUUUUUGGAAUUCAGGGUUGAAUCACUUUUUGAGGGGGAAGGGAAGCAAGGAUAAGAGACUUUAUUUUAACCAGAUGUGGUCUUACGACCUCAAAGUUGUGCUCCAGAAAGAAAAUAACAAAAAGUAUACCUGUGAACAUAUUUUUUGUCUUGGUGAUAUUAUGCAACACAGAAUUGCAAAAAAAUUUAAAAAUUGAUAGUUUUAUCAAUGGAACAGAGAGAUGGGUUUUUGACUAAAAUGAUUUUUUAAGUUAUUUGGUUAUUUCAUUUCAUAUUCCCUUUCUCAUAGCUUUGUACACACCUCAUACUUAAAACCAAGUGAUAGGCCUCUUUUCAGAUGUGGUUUAUUUUUGGAAUGCCUGACUGUGUUUCCGGAUUGGGGAGGCGGGUGUUUUACUUCUUGACAUGCUCUUAGCAUGUUUUGCUAGUCAUUCUGGAUCUUAUGUUUGCAAAUUCUGUUGAAAAUUCAGUGAUGUAUUUGAAAUGAGAAAGUCCUCUAUAAUAUAGUCUGAAUGUUUGUGGCAAUUCAGUUGGCUUUGUUUUUUGCUUUGGAUAGAAGUUUAACUUCCACUGUUCAGAUUUUAGGUUUAUCUAGUGAAAUUGUGUCAGGUAAUUGUCUAAAUAUGGACCAAUUUUGGGAAAUGAAGGUUAAUAAGUGAAUAUUUGAUUCUAGAUAAUCCUUUACUCAAAAUUGUAAGUCAAAGAUUCACAUCAAGAGUUAUCUAACUUUUAUGUUGUCUAAUCUUUAAAUGUGGAUGAUAUUCAGCAUUAUAGCUAUGAAUUUCCUUUAGGAAAAGAGAAAAAUUCAGUCUUGGAACCUUUUCUUGGGAGACUAAAUUUACCGCAUAUCGAAAAUGAAAAAAUUUUAGAAAGUGGAUUUGAUUAUUUUUUAAUGGAGUUUAACUAGCUUAAUUAAUGAUUUUUCCUAGUUCGAAGUACUUAUUUUCCCAAUGUGAAUAAAGGGAAAGGAUCAGCAAUUUGUCUCUGGCCUUUUUUGAGGCCAUUUUCAGUUUUCUGCCCCCAUUUCCCAGUCCUGGUAUAAAAUGAAUUACGGGUAUCCCUCUAAGUCCCUAUAACCCUUUUUGGGGGUCACAGAUACCUUUGAUAAUCUGAUGAAAAGUGUGAUGGAUCCUCUCCCCAGGGGAAAAAAAUGCACAUAACCUGGGUAAUUUUGCAUAUAACCUCAGGGGCAUCACAUAUCUUCUGAAACCCAAGUUAAGGAUUUCUGCUCUAAGUAAAUUGUAGAGAAUUUUAGCUCAAAUCAUUGAUAAAAUUAGGAACCAACUAUUGGCUUAAAAUCUUUCAGAUUGGAAUUAAUGUUAAAUGGUGGCCCCUACUAGCAAAAUGUGACAUUGCAACCAGCUUUGUUAGACAUUAUAACAUCCAGAGAGAGGGGAAAAAGAAGCAAAGCUCUGAAAGCUAUUUAUAAGGAGUCAGGGCAUCUCUAGACAUGGGAGCCAUUCCUGGUUCAAGGCAGGGGUCAGGGUGCCUGACAAUUUCUAGCAGGGUAGAGUCUGAUAAACCACAAUGCUCAGGAUGCCAAGGGGUUAGCCAUUAUCUUAACCCCUUCCUCACCAAAAGAUUUUAGUUUUUGUCUGUUGGGAAACAAGAUGUCACUAGGGAAAAAAAGAUUUGCCUUACAACUUUGCUGGAACACAUCAGUUUGGCGACGUUGGGACACUAGUGUUAUUUUUGAGAAAGUGCAUAAAACCAAAGUAAAUUAUUCUCUAUGUAGAACAUUUAUUUACUAGUAACAUUUGUUUGGGUGUAUUCGCUUUGACAAUUUUUACCAGUAAAUAUUGGUUUUAUUUAAAACUGGGAAUCCAGUUUAUAUAUAGGAUAGUUGAUAUAUCUGUUCUUCUCCCCAUGUAAAGAAUAGUUAAAGAUUUAUGCAUACUUUUUACUUUUCUCUCUUAAUGCCAUGGGGUGGGGUGGGUGGGUGGGGGAAAGAUCUUUCAGUCUACAACUGACAAAAUGUCUUCUUCAAAUUAAAAAAAUCGAGAAGCAGCACUUUAAGUCUAACUCUACACCAUUUUAUUGCAUGUAUUAGUUUUAAUAAUGAUUUUUGGUGCAUGCCUUUGGGCUUAUUCAAAAGUGUACAAUAGGAAAGUAUAUUUCCUUUCUUAGAAAGGAGAUGUUUUCUACUUUGCAACAUGUGAUUACAAAAAUCUUCCUCUGUGGGAAGAUUAACCAUGUAUUGAACUACUGAAAAGUAUAUAUUUUUAGAUAUACAGAAGGAAUCUACAUGGAGCAGCAUUCAGACCUAUAUAGAAGUCAUAGCAUUCUGUAUAGGACCAAAAAGGAAAUAACAUUAAACACUUAAACAGACUUUGUUGGGUAGAAAUACCUUUAGAUCUUGUAUUGACUUCCAAAAAGAAAAAAAUGCCACAGAAGUUUGCUGAAAACUUUUGUCAUUUGAAUUUUCUCUGUCAGUGUAUUUAGCCCAAAUACAACAGCUUUGGGUUAGCACACAUAUAAGAAUCAAGAAAACAAAGCUCACUAAAUAAAUCAGUCUGAUUUGCCAAUCCAGCUUGACUGAAAUAAGUAAACUAAUCACUUGCAACAUGAAAAACUGUCCAACUCCUCUAAGGUUCUGACAAAAUAACCUUGGCUGAUGUGGGAAGACUCCCACUUUGAUUUCUGACCUGACAGUGAAUAUUCAUGCUUGACAUGAUUUCAAACUUGACAGUGUCUGUUUAAGGAGCUAUGGUACAGUUUGCUAAUUCAAUCCCAGAUACCUGUUGAUUACCUGUGAGAUCUAGAGUCCAAAGUAGCCAGCAGCCAUAUCCCUGAGUGCUCUGUGCCCAUCAGAUAUCUUAAAGUAAGCAGAGUUGGGACAGGUCACAGCUUGGAUGAUUGACCUCAGGUGCCAUAGACAGCCCCAGAUUCAAGAAUCGUAUCUGCUUUCUUGGGAGUCGUCACUGAACUGAUGUCCCAUACCGUGUUACUUACUGUAGACGCUCUCUUUUAGAGGAGGCCCAGAGCACACAUCCUAAUUGCUAGUGGUACUCAGAGAGGGGGUGCUAACUCUGAUGCCCUGACCAAAUUCCAGUUUAGGGAUGUGGGUCUUCUUCUUGUCAUUCUAAUUGGAAAUGUGCAUCACUUCCCAUUUUUCCUAUUGAUCUCAGUGCAAACUACACUAGUCUGUUUCUUUGCCCUGGUCCCAAGUCUCUAAGAUGCUGGUAUGUAUUAUAUGGGCUAAGUUAAUGCAUUAUCCUAAGGCACAAGAGUUGAGAAAUGGGUGAGCUUGGUGUCAGAGUGCUAUGUGGUUAGAGAGGGGACUCUUGUGAUGCUGUGGGGAUGAAAUUGGCCCUCUUUUAGCAUAAGUUGGGGAGUGUGCACUGGCUGGAGGCUUCCAGCCAUGAGGUGUGAGCUGAAACCAAUUUUUCCUCUUUUCUUAUAGCAUGUUGAGAAAAUCUGUUGGGUUUUCAGCAGUCAGGGAAGGCCGGAGUUCUGCUUUAAUCUGGGUAACUGAGGCUAAUGUGAGCAAGACUUUGGUUAAUUAACUGGGUUCUCAGAUGCCACAGACUCCGUGAGAAGUCACCAUUAUUUUCAAUGGUUGUGAUAGAAUUUCCCCCUAGUAGCCAUUAUUUUAAGAUUAUAUUGCAGAGUUGCUUUAUUUUGAGCUUUUCGUGUAUACACAAUCCCAAACUGGAAGAAAUUUUAAAAAAAAGGAAUCCUGCUGUGAAAGGUAUAUAUUACUCUAGAUUUUUCUUACUGUAAAUAUUGUAAGAUUGUAAUACUGUCGAUAUUUUAUUAACCAACAAAUGUUAAUCUAUGUGAAUUCAGACUUAUUUUAAAUGUGCUUCUUAUUUACUGUGUGUGGUCCCUGUUGCUGACAGUAUUAAGUUAUAUUCUGAUGUAAGAUUAACUUUAUUAAAGAAUGUAAACAUUAAUGUUUCCUUAUGGGAAAACAAAUAAAGUAUAAAGAAGACAAUUCUUUUCAUUGAAAUAUACUGUGUAUUUACACUUGCUAGACCCAGCACCACUUAUAAAUUUAGUACACUGUUCAGAAUUUUAGUUAACACAGCUGACAUGGUUGUGCUCUGUUUGAAAGUCUAAGAAUAGGUAUUGUUGGAAUAUACAGUUUGUAUUUGUCUGCUGUGAAUCAUGAUCUUGAAAUUUCUAAUCAAGUUUGUAAAAUUUUUAUAGUGAAACAUUUUAAUGACAAUUAAAAAAUUUAUCUUCUCUAAAGAAUGGUCAAAACAAUAUCCUUUCAGAAAUAGAAUUGUUCUUUAAUAUCUUUCCAAAAUGACUUUGGUUAAAUGGACCAGAUGUAUAUUAGUUAAAAUUUAGGACUAAGUUGUUGAUAUUCUUUGAGUUUACAAGUUAAUCCUUAUUGGAGAUGUGCCAAUAUACAGUUAGAAUAUCAUUAAGUUGCACUGUUUGGGGACCCCAUUUAAGAAUGCUGAAUUUUGCCAACUAAGAAGUAAGCAAAUACAAUUUAAAAAGUAAAUUUGAGCAUUCUGUAUUAAAUAUGUGCAGUUAUUAUCACAUGAAGAAACGCAGUGUGUCGGGCUGUAAUAUUACCAUAUUUGCUGUCAUGUUCUCCCAUCUCAGUGCUGGGAACUCACCAUGUGGAAACCAAGCAAACGUGUUGUGCAUCAGCCGGCUUGAGUUUGUUCAAUAUCAAAGCUGAAAACUAGCGAGGUCUGCUGUACUGCUUAUUGAAGUAUUGUGAUUCUUUUAGGCAUUGAUUCUUAUAAAAUAUAUACUGUAACAGUAUACUUUGUACAGAUUUAAAUUUUAUUUGAAAAAAUGAAAUAAAGUAGGCAAAAAAAUAAAGAUGUUUAUUUUUCA